AUGCCCUGCUUCCCACCCCACUCCGGGGCGGCUAGGUUUCCCCCACUGAGCGCUCAGGUCCCUGACUCGCCCCAGCCCAGCCGGGCUUCGGACGCCGUGGGCGGGGCUCCGGGCAGCACCCCGCCCAGGGGCGGGGCCUGCGGCGCUGGGACAAGGCCGCCGGGAGGCCGUCCCCGCCCCCGAGCCCGGGGUCCGCCCAGCGGGUCCUAUAAAGGGAGGCGACGGCCGCCCGCCUGGCCCGCCUGGCCCGCCGGGCUGGCACCCACAGGCCGCAUCCGCCGCGGCGCGGAGCGCGGACCCUCCGCCGACUGGAAGCUGCAGCAGAAGGAGGAGGCGGCCACCGCCCGGGCUCCAGCCUCCGAAGUCGCCCCGGCCCGAACCCCGGCCUCCGGCGCCGGCGCUGGGCCCCCGGGGGACGAGCUGCACGCGGCGCUGGAGGGCUACCGCCCCGCCGAGCUGUGCCACGCGCUCGCCCUGUUUAGGGGGCACCCUGCCCCGCCCGAAGGGAAGCCUGGAAUUGCUCAUCGAGACUUAAAGUCAAAGAACAUCCUAGUGAAGAAAAACGGCAUGUGCGCCAUUGCAGACCUGGGCCUGGCCGUCCGUCAUGAUGCAGUCACUGACACCAUUGACAUUGCCCCAAAUCAGAGAGUGGGAACCAAACAGUAGGAAGGCCCUGGGCCUCUGCCUUUGCCCUCUACCUGUACUGAGUGGUCCAUGUGUGUCCUUCCUUGUUGUGCAGAAGGAAGGAAGAGAAGGUCUGUUUAUCGGUUGAAUCUCAGUGAAUUUCACUAAAUUGUUCUCCUUUUCCCCUCCCAUUUGACGAAUAAAGAACCCAGGCUCCAAAUUGUAAGGCCUGAGGUGAUCCCCUGA